GGGGGCAGUAAUGUGCCCAAUAAAGUCAGCCGACCACCAGUCAACAGAAGAAGGCUGUCACGUAACCAACGCUGCAAGUUCUCCUUCACAUGUGCAAUGCUACCUUUGACGUUUGAUCUUAUUUUACAAAUAUUUACUCACUAGCGCGUUGUUUUAUCACUCAAGCGACAUCCAAUACCGAUUGGGGAACACUUUUAGACAAGGGUUGAGGUUAGAGUGUCAAGGUAGGUCGCUUUUCCAAGCGUUAGCUACCAUGUCGCCAUAGUACACUAAAUAGAGGCAGCUUGUUGACCUUGCUCAAGUUAGCGCAUUUAUUACUGUAGAUAGACGAAAGCUAAAAAUAAAACUAUCUUACUAGAGAUAUAUAUAAAUAUGUGUGUGUCACUGAUAUUGGUAAUUUAACAGCAUCUGAAGUCAAGGUGAUAAUGUGUCAUUAGUACCAAGAAAUAAUUAAAGUGCAGUUGUGAGUGACGUCACACAGGAAGUCAUGAAGCGGACCUUUCACUUCUGCAUCUCGAAAUGGCAACAAUACACGUUGGUGUCAGCUUCAGCCAAGACCUCGUCUUUGCGGAGUCAGCAGUUGUUACACGUUCAUGGCACAGCAGGACAUAUUCAAACACGAAUGGUUGCAAGUUUAAUAAAGGCAGAGAGGUUCCACUCCCAAGGUUCCAGUUUGGGACUGGAGCGAAAGGAGCAUGUCUCCGAUCCAUUGGUGAGGGCCUCUGAGCUUCAGUCUCCCUCAAGCCAAACACCGGAUAGUUCCCUUUUCUUUGAGGACCUGAAACAGUGUGGAUCCCCAUCGGAUGUGCUUGACCUCACCGGCCAUAACGCACCUCGACAAAUCAGCAACUCCUUAAUGCGUAUGUGGACCAGCAUAAAGAAGAUGUCGGAUAGCCAGCGGCGCUGUGAGCUCCAGCUGAUGUUUGAACAUCCCGCAUUUGAGACACUGCUGCAGAACGCCAUGACAAAUGUGGGGUCCGAAAGAAGUGAAAACCUUGCUUACGCCCUGCUGGCGCUGGUAAACCUGGGUGUGCCCCAGCGUAGCCGUGUGGUCCAGAUGUUUCUCCGUACAUGCCAGGAAAAGUUAAAUGACUUCGAUGAGAAAAGCUUUUCAAUUUUGGCCGCCGUUCUGGAAGUCAUGGAGAGCAGCCCCAACGUUGAUGCACUGAAAAGUGGCAUGAGGUUGGUAAUUGAGGCCCGUCUUCCCCAUAUAAAAACUGUUUGGGCACUCCAGACAGUGAUGCGGCUCUUGGGUAAAGAUGCAUCGCUUGACCUCAAACGAAAACUGGAGAAAAAGGCCUUAUCAAUGACAGACAGGUUCAGCCACCCCAACACGCAUUGCAUGAUCUCCACUAUGGCCCAUGUCGACUUCUAUUCCAAACCACUGCUGCAAAUCUGCUGUAAGAAAAUGACAGAAAACCUCAGUGGAAUGCCAUUUAACAGACUGCUACCACUGCUGCAGUCGUUACAACAGUUGCUCUACAGAGACUUUACCCUGCUUACAGGCAUCUCGGACUACAUCGCCUCCACAGGAGACAUAUGGUCCCAAAAAGAGGUCAUCAUCUUCCUGUCCAAGUUUGAGAGCCUGGCCUUUUGUCCCACAACCUUGAUGGCUGCAUUUACUGAGAAAGUCAUCACCAACCCAGACGCACUAAAGCUUAUAGACCUUCUGUGUGUCCUCAAGGUGUACUCGUUUUUUAACUAUGACUUGCAACAAAACAGAGAGCUGUUCCUGCAAAGUAUUAGCCAGGCUCUGGAAUGCUACCUGCCCAAGAUGUCUGCCUUUGAAUUGUUAAAGACGUGUUAUUAUUUCUGCCUUCUUGGCCACUUCCCACCCGCACCACUGGAGAAACUCCUGCAGGACAGCACACUGGAAGACCUCAGAAGCCAAGGGAAUCAGCUGAGGAAACAGGAAAAUAUGUUUCAGAUGGUGCAUCUGUGUCUCCAUUUGGACCAGCCGGUCCUCCCUCAGCCACUAAGUGUGCCACCAUCUAUGUUGGGAGAUGUGACACUCAGCAAUCCACCACCCAACCAGCAACUCUUGCAGCUCCUGCAGCAGGUGUUGUGUGACCAAGCAGAUGUAGCGGUACAAGAAAAGGUGGUGGUGGAAAACCUCUACUUUAUAGAUGCUGUGAUAAGCAAACCUGUGGCAAACCAAAGCGAGGAAACGUGCUCACAAACCGAAAGAAUUGCAGUGCUUUGCCCAGCUUCCUCUGCGUUCUACUUCAAACCAUCUACACCCUGCGGCCCGCUGGCUGUUAAACUUCGCCAUCUGAAGGUGUUAGGAUAUAUUCCUAUCAUGAUAACAGAAAUGGAGCUGAAGUCAGAGGAAAAGGCAGUUGAACUUCUCAGGAAACGGAUUUUUCCGGAAAUGCCAGCCCUGAGCUCGACAACCAGCAGCUGAUCAUUUUUACCGUCAUCACAAAGAAGUUAUGUACCUAUGACCUGUAAGUAUCACUUCUGUGAUCCUCAAUCAGGUGGUAAUAGUUUAUUUAUCCCAACAGAGCAAUUGCGUGAUGUAUUAAAACCAUUCUAUGGGUAAAAA